UCCAACCAUUAGAAGCUUUAAAAUUAUUAACUUCAAAACUCCUAGCAAAAAAUUCUGCUUUUUCACGUAAAAUAUUAGUAUUAAUAACAAGAUCUGCUUCAAGCGUGUUGAAUGUGAUAAGCCUAUUUUAACAGAAGAUCCGCCUAGAUCCCUCAUUUUAAAUGUUUGUGGUGAUAUGAUCCAUCGGACUUGUGCGGAAAAGCCUGAUAAGAGGGGAGUAUUAUUGUGCCCAUGUGGCGUGAGUGAUGAUAGAGAUCCGUCAUUGCUUUCAGAAGAAGAAAUGAACGUGGACGGGGAAGAAGAAUCAGCUCGGCCAGAGGAAACCAACUCAGCUUCUAACAGUGGAGGGAAGAAACGGGCUAAUGAAGAUACGGAUUCUUCAGCUAGCAAGAAAUCUAAGAAACAUGUUCAACCGGAAGACUCUAACAUUUUAAAAAAGCUUAUCCGGGAGUUAUCUUCCGACACUACUCGCCUUUCAGAAAUCAAAGAAAAGAGAGCACUCUAUAGAGAGGCUGUACGUGAAGUUGAGAGUGAUCGAACUUUUUUUGACCUAUAUUUAAAAAUAACCAAUACUGAGGAGAGGAGUGAAAAGGCGCGUAAUGAAGUGAUCUUUGCAUACUACUACUUUGGGGAGGAGUUAGAGAAACGUCUCGCUCACUAUAGGAAAACUAACGAGGAACAUGAAGCAAAAAAGAAGCUCUAUGAUGCGGUUAAAGAUCAGCUUCCUAAAGAGGUUACAAAAAGUGCUGUCCGAAAGAAAGCAGACAGGGCCGGGAAGGUUUAUGAUCUUUUUUUUCGUAUUAGCGAUGAUAAGACUCAACGAUUGCUGUUCAUCCAACGAAUAAAGUCAAUUUCAGCUACAUCUAUUUCAAAAUUAAGUGAUGAUGAUAUCAAAUACGUUGCAUCUCAAGUUAGGAAGAAUACUAGACAAAAUUAGCCGGAAUGCGCGGGUUCAGUGCAGUGGUCACGGAUAUAUAAAUUCUGAGAUGAGGACACGAUGUCCGCUUCUCAAAGUUUAGCACUUUUUUUAUAUAUUAUAUUGUAA